AUGGAUAUUCGACCAGCUGAAAAUAAUCAAACCAAUGAUGCCUUUUGUGACUCUAAUCUGGUAGAAUCCAUCAUCUCAGGUCUUGAUCAGCCGUAUAAUAACAAAACCAUCCCCACCUUGGUAUUAUACAACAAUCGGGGCCUACAACUAUUUGAUCAAAUCACCUAUCUUCCCGAGUAUUACUUGACCAAUGCUGAAAUAGAUAUUCUGCAAUACAAGAGUCAUGAAAUCUUGGCUAAUAUUCCCGAUGGUAGUGCAGUCAUUGAACUUGGCGCUGGUGCACUCCGAAAAACGUCACUCAUACUCAAGGCUUUGGAAGAGCAUAGACGCAAUAUUACAUACUACGCCCUAGAUCUAGAUCUGCAGGAACUAGAAAGAUCGCUGUCCUCUUUAGGAACCUUUGACAACGUCAAGCUCGUUGGCCUGCUAGGAACUUACGACGAUGGCGUAGAGUGGCUCUCAACAAAAUUUGAUAAGACCACACCCAAAACAAUUAUGUGGCUGGGAAGUUCGGUUGGAAAUCUUGACCGAGAAGAAGCUGGUCAAUUUAUUGGACGCAUACAAGAGCAAUGCAUGGUGGAAGGAGAUAACUUUUUUAUUGGUAUUGACCAGCGUAAUGAUCCUCAAAAGAUUGCACUGGCCUACAAUGAACCUGCAGGCAUUACUAGAGAGUUCAUCAUGAAUGGACUUGAUCAUAUCAACGAAAUGCUAGAGCAGCCUUUCAUUGAUAGAAAUAACUUUGAGUAUAUAUCAGAAUACCGACAAGAUGAAGGAAGGCACGUGGCACACUAUAAGGCGGUUCGGGACUGCGUACUAAAAUACCGCCCUUCCAACGGUGCUGUGACUCAAAUUACCGUGGUCAAAGACGAGAUGAUUUACGUCGAAACCUCGUACAAAUAUUCGCCAUCCGAGAUGGAUACUCUCGUGGGGACUGCAGGACUAGCUUCUAUCGGUCGAUGGACUGACUCUGACAAACAAUACAGCAUGCUGAUGGCUGAGAAGCGACCCUUUCAUUUUGCUCGAGGCUUGGACCUGAAACGCGAACAAGAUAGGGCUGAAUUUCCUGGCGUCCCUUCGGAACAUGCUUGGAAUGAACUCUGGAAAAGCUGGGACCUUGUUACCCAAACAGUAUUGACAAGAGACAUGAUGUUUGAGCGGCCCAUCGCUCUUCGUCAUUUUUUCAUAUUCUACAUUGGCCACAUUCCUGCAUUCCUCGACAUUCAACUUGCUCGAACCCUAAAAGAAGCCUACACCGAACCCACCGAAUAUGUUGAUAUUUUUGAACGUGGCAUUGACCCUGACAUGGAAGACCCCUCUAUUUGCAAUCCUCAUUCUGAAGUUCCUGUGAACCCUGAGGACUGGCCCAAAUUGGAUGAUAUCAUAGAAUAUUCCCAUCGUGUACGACACAGACUCCAUUCCUUGAUGCAAGAUUGCGCCACUGGGAAACGUCAUAUGACGAAACGACUGGGUCGAAUCAUUUGGUUGACGCACGAGCAUGAAGCCAUGCAUUUGGAGACUCUACUAUAUAUGCUCGUGCAGAGUCCCAACAUUCAUUCUCCGAGCGGAGUCAAAGCGACAUCCUGGGACAAACAUUCAACUACUACGCUGUCCAAUGCGCCACUGCAUAGUGUCCACGCUGGCUCUGUCGUUGUCGGUCAUGACGACAUUGAAAGGUUAGAUGAUCAACAAACCUUGACACCCGGAAAUGAAUAUGGAUGGGACAACGAAAACCCAAAGCGACAGGUUGCUGUAGCGUCCUUCAAAAUUCAGUCCAGACCCGUCACCAAUGGGGAAUACUAUACAUAUUUGAAGGAAAGUGAUCUGUUGGACAAGAUUCCUUGCUCUUGGCUUCGUAGUGAGGAUGGACAGCUUAUGGUCAAAACGGUGUUUGGACCAUGUCCUUUAGCAGCUGCUGCUGAUUGGCCAGUAUCCGUGUCAGGACAUCAAGCUGAAGCCUACGCGGCGUCAAAAGGAAUGCGAUUGCCAACUGAGCAUGAGCUGAUCCAUUUCAGAGAGCAAUAUCAGCACCACAAGGAUGUUAAAGCGCCCAACAUUGGAUUCUCCAACUGGCACCCUACCAACGUCGACAAUAACACAACCCAUCUGCUAGGUGACGUGUGGGAAUGGACUUCGACUGUCUGGGAUACUCAUGAUGGAUUUGAAACUUCCAUAGUGUACCCUGGUUAUUCUGCUGACUUCUUCGAUGGAAAGCACAAUGUUGUUCUAGGAGGUAGCUGGGCAACUCUCCCCAUCAUGGCGGAGAGACGAUCUUUCCGUAACUGGUAUCAACGAGCUUACCCUUAUGUGUUUGCCGGAUUCAGAUGUGCUGUAUAA